AUGGCUCCCCCGGGCCACACAUUGGGCGUCCUAACUCUUCUCCUUCUGGCAUCCACCCUCCUAUCCGCGCACGCCGCGUCAAUGAAAGCCCGCGACGACCUCGCCGGUUCUGGAGAGUCCAACAAAGAUUUCAUCAACAACUACGACACAGUCACCCCCACCGCUGUCAUCACGCCCCGCCCCAGGGACCCCACGCCUGUUGCCGAGCCUGUUCCCGAGCCUGUGACUCCCGAGCCUGCGACUCCCGAGCCUGCUACUCCCAUCGACCCCGUCACCACCCCGAACCCCGUGUCAGCCUCUCAGGGCGUCUUUACUGACGAUCCUUUCGGCAGCUCGAAACCGUCGCCCGCAAAUGCGGGUCCGUCGUUCGAUCCCAACGAUCCUCUGGGCGGCAGGGACCCCCUUGCGGGCGAUGACUCCAAGACCGGUAUGCAGCAGACGAGCGCGACCGACUCUAGCGCGUAUGACGGCACUGCGCAGCCCAACCAGGUCAACCAGGUGCCCCCGACUUACCCCGAUACUCCCGCCAACGACACUGGCGUCGCGGCACCGGCCACCUGCGAUCCGUCCGACUUGGAUGGUUACACGUCGUCGUAUCAAAUCACCAAGUACGGCCACGUGCUGCACUGGGCCGUCGUCUCCCCAACGGUCGUCAAGAUUGCGUUCGAGGCGAAGCGCGGCAGCGGCGCGGCGUUGGGAUGGGUGUCCGUGGGGUUCUCCAAGGACGGCAAGAUGUCGCCGGCUGACGCCAUCAUCGGGAACCAGCCGGACACGCCCAUCGCAGCCUACUCGAUGACGGCCUACGACGCGGGGUCCAUCACGGUCAACAAGAACCUGUGGAUCGGCGACGACGCGAGCCUCGUGACCAAGACCAACGGCAGCCUCAUUAUGAAGUUUCAGAGGACCAUCACGGACGGCGUCGCGCCCAUCUCCACGACCGCGCCCGUCACCGUCAUCUGGGCCUUCUCCGCCGACAACACCAAGCCGCUCGCCUUCCACGGCGACAAGAGAUGUGGCUCUUUCCAGGUUGACUUCUCGUGCAAUGGCGGCAGCGGCGGCGUGGCAACGCAGCCGACGGCGCCAGUGCCGGUGCCGGUCCAGGGCACGCAGGUGACGGUGGGGUCGGCGUGCCCGGUGUCGACGCUCGGCCAGUACGACCACCAAGCUGUUCUCUAUGACGGAAAGAUCCUGCUGCACUGGAAGGUUCUGCCCGGUCCCGUCUUCCAGAUGGCUUUGGAGGCGAAGCGUCUCAGCGGCGCGGAGAACAGCUGGAUUUCGGUUGGCUGGUCCAACAACGGGGCCAUGGCGCCUGCCGACGCCGUUGUUGGUAACAUGCCCGGGAUCAAGGCGUACCGACUUGAUGGUUACAAGAUGGCAGAGCUCGUCAACGACACCUUUUCGCUCGGGCCGAACCCGUCCGUCACCACCUCGGCUACUGGAUCCACGAUUGUGAAGUUCACCCGUACCAACGGGGAUGGCGGCACGGUUCCCAUCAACCUGAGCGGCGAGACGUACGUCAUCUGGGCCUUCUCUCGUGGCAUGCUCGAUGCGUUCGGCUACCACGACUUCAACAGGGGUCUCACCACGGUUGAUUUCCUCUGCAACAAGGACUCCACAAUCCUGAUGAAUCCUGGCGAAAAUGUGGCGACCAUCCCGGGUGCUAACGUGGACAAAGAUCCUUACGCGGGCCUGACCCCUGCCGAGCGAGAGGCCAAGGAGGCCCGCAGGGAGCGCCGCACAGCGCGCCGAGCUCAGCGCGGAGCGAUUUUCCGUUCGUGGGCUAAUGCUGCGCUCGGCCUCCCCGAACCUGUGCCAUCCUCCACCCCAUCGCCCUACCCGUAA